AUGUCCAAGUUCAGUACCGAGUCAUCCUCUGAAUUUGAGGCAAUCGGCGGAGCGAUAAGCAGUUGGACGCAAGAGGCAUAUGACAUCAUCGGAGGCAGAUGGUCGCAGGAACUGAAAGAUUGGAACGGGUGGACACAGCAGAACAUUGAUGAGAUGCGAAUAGUGUCACAGAUGCUGUUAAGAAUGGCCUCCGGCAUCGCCACCCCACCCCGUGCUUCGAGAAGGCAGCAUAUACCGACUGAUGAUCACCGAACCCAAAAUCUCCCACUCGAAGUAACCGGGCCUUCAGGUGAGCCCGGGGAAAUCCAGGCUUAUCAAGGAUCAGUCGAGAAUCCAGCCCCAGCCCCCGGUUCUACCAUGGAACUCGACAACCCGGCGUAUCAUCAGAGGAAUCUUCGAGUCUUGGACCAAAGCAUCUCUAAGAGCGUCUCGGUCGACCUUCUCACGUCGCACCAACACGGCAUUGGCAAGGGAAACGGGACGCCUACAAGGCUUCGUAUCUGCGUGCUUCAUGGGCUCCCGGGGAUCGGAAAGACGAACACUGCCAUCGAGUUUGCCUAUCGUUACAGAAAACACUUCACCCACAUCUUCUGGGUCUCCUCCGACACCGAGGACAAGUUUGAGCAUGACCUAUGCGACGUCAAGUGGCUGCUAGUUCUCGACAACAUGGAUGAAGCUCGGAUUCUGAACCCGCUAUGGGUCGAUCUUCAUCAAGGUUCCAUCAUAAUUACAAGUAGGGGCCAGGUGUCGUCCCUACAUCGGCUGGACUGUGUGGAGCGACACUUUCAACUGAACGAACUGUCUCCAGAGGAGGGCACGCAGCUCACCCAGAAGCUACUGAACGGUCGCAUCGAGGGACUAGACCCUCACGCAGCUGCAGACCUGGCCAAGAGGUCCCAGUACUACCCUCUCUUGAUAGAGCAGGUGACAUCCUUCAUAGGAUGCUCAUACUCGACAAUGGCUGAAUUCACCGAGGAAGUCGGGAGAGGCUCAACGGAUCGUGAUCUGCAGCACAUCCACCUCGACAACCCGUGGAGCUCGGGAAGUGUGUUAGAUGCCAUCGCGUCUCACAUGCACACUCUAGGCUCGAAUAACCCUAUGGCAGUCGAGAUCCUAGCAACCAUUGCCUUUUUCGAUCCAGAUUCGAUCCCCGAAGGGAUGCUCUAUUAUCCCAGCGGACCUGUCCCGAUUCUAUCCAGCACCAUCAGCAUCAAGAGUCUGCUCGGGGAGCUUUCUCGGCGAUCCUUCAUCGCGCGACUCCCUGCCUCCGAGGGCCGUGGGGCGAGUAUCAACAUGCAUCGGCUCGUACGCGACAUCGUCAUGCAUUCCACAGUGCCUUUACAGAGGCCUUUCGAAUACGCAGUCGCACUCUUGAGGCAGUCGUUCCCGCUUCAAGGCAUGGCACGGGAUCACAUGGUCGAGCAUUGGGGCCGCUGCGAGAUCUUCCAGCCCCACGUCCUCUCGCUCCAUUGCCACUACCUGGAAUCUCAAGCUCACAGAGACGGAGAGAAGGUCCUCCGACCCAGUUCCGAUUUUGUCGACCUGAUAUACUCCUGCGCAUGUACCCUCGCCUCGGGCUUGGGCGGUUCACGACUGCACGACUCGGAGAAGUUUUUUCUAAACAGAUGUGUGCCCAGGUAUCUGUGCGAGCGUGGCCAGUUCAACCUCGGUAAAAGCCUCGUCUCCAGCAUCUGCGAUGACUGCGGCAAGCUUUACGGGACAAUCCAUGCAGCUCCCAAGACACUCCUGGCAGACAUAUACACGGUACAGCUGUUCUAUCAUAAUGAGGUCAGACACGGUAUGAAUCUGGUGGAGCUCGCAAAAAAAGCACUGUCUCUUCGAGAGAGUGCAGUGUCGGAAGACCUGAUGAAGAAGUAUCAUCCCAACCGCGCAAACGGUUUCAUGAAUGUAGGCGUCAUCCUAGCAGCCGAAAGCCCCCGGGAUGCCAUCUUAUACCAUAAGAAGGCCCUGGAAAUCCGUCUCGGAUCUGAAGAGUUCGCGUCGGAGCAGACCCUUGGGUUGGCCCUGAACUACCUCAAUAUCGGCCGAUGCUGGUGGAUAGUCGGGGAACUUGAGGAGGCUGCCGGCUGUCUGAAUGAGUCUGUCGCGCUCUUCCGUCAACGAGAGAGUGUGGCCGGGAAAAGGUUUUCUCUUUCCGCCAUGUCUUUACAAUCCUUAGGGGUCGUACGCGCGGAUCAGGGGGACUUGAACUCUUCUCUGGAUCUCUUGUCCGAGAGUCUCAAGCUGUACAUCGCCACCCUCGGUGGCCGUCAUCUGAAGACUCUGAGCUGCUGCUAUCGUUUUGGAUGGCUGUGGAAACUGCUCCGCCAGUUCGACCUAGCAGAGAAGCAUCUGCAGGAUUGUAUAGACUUGUAUACAAGCAUGAUGGAAGGUGAGAACCCGCCAAGGGCCGAGCUCGCUCGCAGCAUGUAUCAACUUUCAAGAGUGCUCGAGGAAAAGAACGGCUUCGACUCACGAUGCGCUGAACUGCGCGAGGACUCAUGCAAGCUCCUGGAAGAAGUGCUUUCAAAACAGGGGAACAAGUCGUCGGCUAGAGUGGAAUUCACCGAAGCCGACUUUGAUGACGCGAUACUGUAUUUCUAUCGCUAA